AGUCACUGUGCUGUUGGUUAUCAUGAGGAAGAGAGCUUCCAAAGGAACCUCCAACAGAGACACAGAGCUGAGUGCAACAAAUGUUGUUCGUGAGUCCCGACCUCCAGCAGUGGUGUAUGAGACAGUGAGUGAUGUGGUGACACCCACUGGUCCAGACACCAGUGAGAACGUGGCUUAUGGAGCCUCUCACUCUCUACCCACCACCACACAACACAACCCUGCUUAUGGACACAUGACUCCAAACAAAUGAACCUUGCUUGAUCCCCUGUGUGCUCUAUUAGCUAUUCUUUGUGAUUGCUUAUUGGUUUUGGGAAUAGACUGUGUACAAAACUAAACAUUGUUUGU